UCCAUUCCCACUCACACACACUCUCCGACGCACAUUCACGCCUGCCCUCAGAACACGCCGCGACACUUGCCUCGACACCUGCUCGGCGCUCAGCCGGUGCGCGUGGGUGAGCAAUCAUCUCUAUACCAAAACACUGCACUCCAGCAACAAGAAAAAAUCACUCUCACUCCUCAGGACUGAAACAUGCUGCGUCUCUAAGUGAGUGAUUCUGUGUGAGGCUGCCGACUGGGAGGACAAAAAGGAGCGCUCCGACUCCCAACCCCGACCCCCGUCCCAAAAAGGCAGCAGAUGUGACAGAAGAGGAGAGGCGGAGAGAAAGAAACACAAUCCCCCCUACCCCUCCUUCCCUCAUCUGGGAGAACAAUACCCAGCCUCCAGUUGGAGAGGGUCAGCUUUUGUCCCUCUCCCCACGCUCCCGCUGAAGAGCAGACAGACGCGCUGACACAUUGACCUGCUGCUGCUGAGAGGAGAGGACGGUGCAAAACAGUUGCUGCGCUUUGCACGGUUUUUGAUUCAGUACUUGGACAGCUCCUGAGCGACAACCAGCGCGAGUGUGUGUUUCCAUGAGUGUGUAGACUCUUGUUUUGGUUUGGAGACCCAAGAGAACCAGAGAUGGAGCCCCCGUGCUCGCUCCAGCUCGGCCCCUGUGGCCCCUCUCCAUCCCUGGGAUCGCAGAGCAGCACUGUCAGCUUCCAGCAUCUGGAAGAGAAGCGGCUCUUUGAGAAGUUUUGGAAGGGGACGUUCAAGGCUGUGGCCACCCCGAGACCGGAGAGCGUCAUCGUGGCCAGCAUCACCGCCUGCAGGAGGGUGACCAACCUUGAGACAACUGCCUGCCAGCCCUUGAAGACUGAUGAGAGGAAGGUGGCGGACACCAGGGUGGACACAGCGGACAGGAAUGGCUGCAUCAAAGGAAAAGGACGCAAACACCACAGUCAUCGCAGGGCCAGGAGCCCCUCCUUUGAUGAGGAACUCUCCCCUCGGCCCAAGGGGAAGAAGAAGAAGAGAAAGUCUGAACGGAAGAGGAAAAGGAAAAGGUCUCCUUCCUACAGCCUGUCGCCACUGAGGAAGAAGAAAAAGAAGAAGAAGAAGAGCUCUAAGAAACGAAGGCGGCAUAGGUAUACCUCCAAAAAGUCAAAACACAGCUCUUCAAGUUUAAAACAUAAGAGGAAGGAUGAGCGCAAGCACAAGAAAAGUUCACGGACUCACUCACGGCGGAGGCGACGCUAUCGGAGGUCAGAGUCGGACAGCUCUUCUUACCAAUCUUCCACAGAGGACAGACACCAUCUGCAGAAAUCUGUGGUGCAUCAGGCAUUAGGAGGCCUGGCAGCUGUAGUAGAGGAAACCAACGGAGUGCUUGACCACACGGACAUGAAGUGGAGACCUGCAACCAAAUCAGUGUGUAAAACGGCUCCAAAAUAUCGCUCCAUCCUCUCAACCGCCACCAUUUUGUCGUCAAAACCCGGAAGCGAGCUUUUGCACGGAAGCGGGUCUCAGCAAUUAUCGAGCCAGACCGACGCUCCGCACGAUUACGAUUCUGGGAAUGACACAUCCUCGCCGCCGUCAAGCAAAGCUGGUGUUUUUCAGGCGAGUGUCACUGACAGCAAGAGGAACCACUGUAAACGUCUGGCCUCGCCAGAGAAGCUCAAGUUCACUGACAGAGACAAUGCCUCUGAUUCAGGAAACUCUGUGACCAGCUACGCUUCCCUGUGCAAACCUUAUGUGGAGGACGGCUUGUCUGCGACCCUGUUCAGUGGAAACGGCAAGAGAGAGCAGAUAACCUUGGGGUGUCGGGUGGAGGUUGUGAGAUCUGCAAAGACUUCCAGCUGUUCCCAGAGGAGGAGACGGUCGUCUCGAAGGCGACUGAAAACCCGGUCAUCCAGCAGCAGGAGCAGGAGCAGAUCCUCAGGGAGUUCCAAAUACUCCGGGCGCUACUCUCGAAGCCUGUCGCUGUCAUCUUGCAGCUCGUACUCACGCUCACCGAGUUAUUCAGCUGAUCUGAGGAGGCGAGGUAGCGUGGCCAGCCUGAGCUCCAGAGGAAGCUACUCCAGAUACAGUGCUGACAGACUACGAGACAGAAAGAGAACACAUAGUUCCAGAGAGACAGAUGUGAAGCAUGCACAUAAGGUUAGUGGGAAGAGACAAAGACGCAAAUCCUACUCUCCUAUGAAGAAAAGAAGGAGAGACUCACCCAGCCAUCUGGAAGCACGCCGAAUCACAAGUGCCAGGAAGCGACCCAUCCCUUACUUCCGACCCAGCCCUUCCUCCAGCAGUCGCUCCACCAGCGUGUCGUCCUGGAGCAGCCUCUUCACCCGAAGCCGCAGUCGCAGCCCCAUCCACAGCAUCAGCCGCAGCCGGAGCCACAGUUACUCCUCCUACAGGAGCUACAGCCGCAGCUCCUCCUGGAACUCAAUCUUUGGCAGCCGCAGUCGCAGCCGGAGUCGCGGUUCGUUGAACAAACGCCACAAAACCAGGCAUUAGGUUUGUGAGAGCACAUUAAGGGAGUGGAGCUCCAGGUUGAGAGCAGGGGACGCUGGAUGUUGGAGCAAUCGACUGAGUGCGUCUCCGCGCUCCGCUUUGACGCUUGAGUGGAAAUGUCUCCGCAGGGGUCCGACCACGUCUUUCAUUGAGGCAGUGUUGUUCACUCUGCUCACAGAGACCACUGGAGACUGAAUGUCUUCUUGUUUGUUUGUUUUGUUUCGUGUACUGCAUCCUCUUGCAUCAGCGCUCACAACGGCCUGAGACUGUUCAUCUCUGAGAUAUUUACAAUAGAAACUGCACAUAAAACAGACACAGUGUUCAACUCACAUCGCUGUUCCCUAUUUUUGAGUCCAUGCACUUCCCAUUAAAUCAUUCUCUUAAGUUGAUGCUUUAAAAUGAUCUUAAUAUUUAUUUUUAAAGGGACUGUUUGUAAAUUCUUACACGUAUAAAUCGACCGGGUCGGGAUCCCGUGCGCGCUGGAGUCUCUGCUCCUCUGCCUGCUUGC